CUAUUUCUAUUCAGACUGCUUCUGGCUUUCUGCUCAUGUUUUUUAGUGUAAGAAAGUUCUCGAACAGUCGAACGUCUGAUUAUGAGCAUGUUCUAAGGAACUCUAGAUUUUCAGUGUGAAUUGUGACAUUGUGUUGUUUUGACGUUAUAUAGACUAGAAACCUUUAGGAUUUAAAAUGGUCAAAGAAAUGAAAUUUUACGAUUUGCUUGGAGUCAAGCCAAACUGUACCAACGAUGAACUCAAAAAGGCAUAUCGAAAACUAGCGUUGAAGUACCAUCCGGAUAAAAAUCCGAAUGAGGGUGACAAAUUCAAACUGAUAUCACAGGCAUAUGAAGUUCUGUCGAACCCAGAUAAACGAAAAAUUUAUGAUGAAGGAGGAGAACAAGCUCUAAAGGAAGGAUCCAGUGGAGGCCCUGGUGGCUUCUCUUCUCCAAUGGACAUUUUUGACAUGUUUUUUGGUGGUGGUGGUGGCCGUGGCAGACGAGAAAGAAAAGGAAAAGAUGUCGUUCAUCAAAUGUCAGUCACUCUUGAGGAGCUGUACAAUGGGUCUGUUCGCAAGCUGGCAUUGCAAAAAAAUGUUGUUUGUGAUGGUUGUGAAGGUCUGGGAGGUAAGAAAGGAGCAGUGGAACGAUGCCCUAACUGUCGGGGUAGUGGUAUGCAAGUGAGGAUUCAACAGAUUGGCCCUGGGAUGGUCCAACAAAUACAGUCAGUUUGUGGGGAAUGUCAAGGGCAAGGUGAAAGAAUCAAUGCCAAAGACCGAUGUAAGAUCUGUUUAGGGAAAAAGGUUGUAAGGGAGAGAAAAGUUCUAGAAGUCCAUGUUGAUAAAGGAAUGGUCGAUGGGCAAAAAAUAACUUUUAACGGUGAAGGAGACCAAGAGCCAGGGCUUGAACCAGGCGACAUUAUUAUUGUAUUAGACGAAAAAGAACAUCCGGUUUUUAAGCGAUCUUCCGAUAAUUUAGUAAUGCGAAUGGAACUGACGCUCGUAGAAGCACUGUGUGGUUUUCGUAAAUCGAUCCGCACUCUCGACGAACGUGAUCUCGUUAUUUCAGCACUUCCAGGGCAGGUGUUUAAACAAGGCGAUCUAAAGUGUAUCCUCAACGAAGGAAUGCCUCAUUACCGAAAUCCUUUCGAAAAAGGACGUUUAAUAAUUCAGUUUUGUGUUGAGUUUCCUCGUCAGCUCUCACAAGACGUUAUUCCUCAGUUAGAAAGUCUUCUUCCUGCUAGGCCAGAAGUUAUUGUCUCUGACCAAGCUGAAGAAGCGGUUCUGAUGGAUUUCAAUCCAGAAAACGAGGCACGUCGCCAGCGAGAACAGCGUGAAGCUUAUUAUGAAGAUGAAGACAAUCCACAAGGACCCCGUGGCGUUCAAUGUGCAACUCAAUAGAGGGGGUAAAUCUGCACUCGACAUACCAUUUACACUUUGGUAUUCGUUUUGUUUAAUUCUGUAUGGAAAUUGAUGUUCGUUUAUCACUUUCAACUAGUAAAGUUGUCCAUAUUCCUCCAUCAUUCGAAUAAAAUCUGAUCGCAGGUCAAACAAACAUA